AUGAAGAAGUUGGUUCUUUCUAUAAGAUUUUACCAGAACUCUUUCCCGAAAAGUCCGUCUCUACGGGGGUGGGGGAAGGAUUUUGUUUUCUCUGGUUCCUUUCUCUUUCUAUCUAUCUCAGUCGGUUCAUUACCUAUCUCAAGCUGUUCAUAUCUAUCUAUCUAUCUAUCUAUCUAUCUAUCUCAAUCUUUUCAUUAUCGAUCUCUCGAUCUAUCUCAGUCUGUUCAUAUCUAUCUAUCUAUUUAUCUCAAUCUCUGUCUGUCAAUCCAUCCGUGUUUGUUUUUAACUCGCAUCAAUUUGUGCAUCUCUCUCUCUCCUUCCGCCUCCCUCUCUCUUUCUCUCUCUCUUUCUCUCUCUCUUUCUCUCUCCCUUUCUCUCUCUCUCUCUCUCUCUCUCUCUGAUUUGACUUACUCGACCGCACUCUAUCUCUAUCUAUCUAUCUAUCUAUCUAUCUAUCUAUCUAUGAUCACCUGUUCUUUAUGUAUGUAUGUAUGUAUGUAUCUAUCUAUCUAUCACUACCUGUUCAUUACAUCGAUCGAUUUAUCUAUCUAUCUAUCUCAGUCUGUUAAUAUCGAUCUAUUUUAUUCUAACUUUCUGUCUAUCUAUCUCAGGCUGUUCACAUCUAUCUAUCUAUCUAUCUAUCUAUCUAUCUAUCUAUCUAUCUAUCUAUCUAUGGCAGAUUUGUUCCUAUCUAUCUAUCUUUCUUUCACAGGUUUUUCCAUUCUAUCUAUCUAUCUAUCUAUCUAUCUAUCUAUCUAUCUAUCUAUCUAUCACAAUUUUUCCUAUCUAUCUAUCUAUCUAUCCAACUAUGGCAGAGUUGGUGCUGUUGAUAUUAAAGCAAUCUGCAGUCUAUCUAUCUUUCAAACUAUCACGCUGUAUAUCUAUCUAUCUAUCUAUCUAUCUAUCUAUCUAUCUAUCUAUCUAUCUAUCUAUCUAUCUACAUAUUGCCCCCCAUCUUUCUCAUUCUCAAACGCAAGUUUCGCGCAACUUCGUGCCACUCUAAAAGCUCGGUCUGCCUUCUUUGAUGGCUAA